AACGGAACUUCAGUGCAGCUGCGGCGAGCAGCUGACGCGGAAUCAUUCAGAUCCGCAGUAGAGUUCGCGCCGCGUACGCGAUACUGCACGACACGAGGAGACGAGACGCGACACGCAGUGCCAUCGGCGGAUACACGCGCCUCAUUGUCAGUGCUGGACCAGACAGCUUCGCCGAGAUUCGCCCGCGCGUGCCUGCCUCCGUAUCUCGUAUCGCAAAUAAACUCGCGUCGCGCGUGCGAGAACUCUUCUGCUACCGGCUGUUGUGGCUGCAUCUCAUUGUCAAUCAGUGCGGUGUGUCGUCGCAUAUCGUUAUCGUCAUCACGCGGAUUCGCGGCGAGGUGUAUCACUGGCUGUUUCGCGGCCACGGCGAGCCGAGGCGGCUGCUGAGAAAGGAGCCUGUAAAAGGUUGACGAGGGAAUACUCGCAGCAAAUUAUUGCGACAGAGAGAAGAUGCACCUAAACAUGGAGUUGACACGGUUACUUUCGAUACCAUUGACUUUGGCUUUGGCCGUGGCCUUCCUCUCGACGUGUCAUUGCAGUGCCGUCUCGGAAAGUAUAAGAGGAAGCCGAGAGACCUGCGACAUCGAGGGGGAUGACGUUACCCUCGACAAGAUUCCGAAUACGAGGUGCUUUCACUGCAUUUGUAAGAACGGAUUCGUCGAGUGUUUGAAGCAACAGUGCCCGAACAUCGAUGGCUGCUUCGCGUUGCAAUACCCGCGCGAGGACGAGUGUUGUCACAAGUGCACAGGAUGCGUACUGGACGGCGUUUAUCACGCAUCUGACACGGAAUGGACGGAGGAGAACGAUCCGUGCUACGUAUUCACCUGUAAAGCGAGCGUCGUAACCAAAGCAAAGCUAGAGUGUUACACGCCCUGCUCCAACCCGAAACCGGCCCCACCCGGUCAAUGCUGCCCCAUAUGCGAUGGAUGCUUAGUGAAUGGGCAAAAGGUCACCGCGGAUAGGUCGGUGACGACGACGGAGGAUCCUUGCGUCACUUGUAGAUGCAACAACAAUAAACAACUCACCUGCGCAAAGUUAGCCUGUCCGAUGCUCAAUUGUCCUACCGGGAAGAUUGUUCGCGAUCCUGGCAAGUGUUGUCCACGCUGUCAAGGCAUUGGAAGAUUCCUUCCGCCUCCGAAAGGCGCUUGCAUACUCGGCACGCACAUGAUCAAGUCGGGCACCCAGUUUUGCACGGAUCCAUGCACGUGCUGCACCUGCACCAAUUCGACGCUCUCGUGUGUCAGGGAUACCUGUCCGGUACUGGAAUGCCCCAGCGAGCUUCAGACUACUCUACCUAACCGCUGUUGCCCCCAAUGUCCGGCCAUCCAGGAGAGCAGGGCCUCCUGCUCUUAUGGCGGAAGAAUCUACCAGGAUGGCGAAGAUUGGAAGCUUGAUUCCUGCAAGACGUGCACCUGCAAGCAGGGCAAAGUACGCUGCGCGAUGCCUAUGUGUCCGCAGUUGAAUCUACCUUGCCCACCGUACUCAAAAUUGGAACAUCCGGAAGGUCAAUGCUGUCCGCGAUGCGUUGAAAGUGAUGGGAUUUGCACGGUCUUUGGAGACCCGCACUAUCGUACAUUCGACGGUAAAUUCUACAGCUUCAAGGGGGCAUGCAAAUAUCAAUUGGUCAAUGAUUGCGCCACUCAUACAUUUAGCAUACGUGUGACGAACGAUGCAAGAAAAACAAAAUCUUCAGCAUGGACUAAAACCAUCGCUUUGAAAAUCAGCGACUUAAAAGUAAACCUUGGUCAAAAAAUGAGGGUGAAGGUAAACGGGAAGAAGGUGGAUCUUCCUUAUCGCAUCGCUAACCGAUUGGAUAUUAACUGUACGACUGACAGCGUGAUCGUUAACACGCACAUCGGGAUCAAGGUUCUCUGGGACGGUAUCAGCUUUCUCGAGGUGUCCGUGCCUACAUCGUACAGAGGUCGAUUGUGCGGUCUCUGCGGUAACUUCAAUUCCCAGACCAAGGACGAUUUCACGACGCGACGCGGCCGAUUCCUGCAGGAUGUGCAGAAAUUCGGCCAAUCUUGGGCCGUGGGUGCCAAGAAAACAUGCACUCGAAUUGCAAGAACAGGAAAUAUCAAAGAUCAGGAAAUCGAUAAGGAGAGACGUUGUCGAGGAAGAAAGGAUCACCGACUGUGCAAUCGACUGAGAUCGCAAAUCUUCGAUCCUUGUCAUAAGAAGGUGAAUCCGAUGAUGUACUACAAAGCCUGCCUUCAGGACAUGUGCGAGUGCCCGACCGAACAUUGUUAUUGUCAGUCCUUCAUGGCAUAUGCGCACGAGUGCAAGCGGCUCGGCAUUCAGCUACCGCACUGGAGAAAGUCUACGAGAUGUCGAACAGUUUGGGAUCAGUUGGCGAAUUCGACGAAUUUCACUUGCCGCAGAUUUAAUUAAUCGCGCACAUUAUCCGCCGCCGUGUCCGGCUUUUAAAAACUCUAAUUCGCGCGAUAUGCAGAGAAAUUCACAUGUGAGCAUGAAACUCCCCGUACAUUUUGUACGCAUGUAGAGAGACUCUAUACGCAAUCCCUUCCUUCUUAUCUUUUUUCCGAGAUAACAUAUUAGUAAUCGCGAAUAAUACAGAAAAGGAAAUACGAUGUUGUGAAAUAAUUCGCGUGUGAUGUAUAUAUCUCUAAAGAUCGCGCAGAGUAAUUAAAGAAAAAAUGAUUUCUCAGGAAUUUUCAGAAUCGAUCCUCGAAAUCAAACUUCAUGUUUCCAUUAAGCGAGAUAAAGCUUCCGAUACUUAAAUAUUCGAUAAGAGCAAACAUAAGUAACACGAGGAACGAAGCACACUUCUUAGCAGUCUCUGAUAGAUAUCUCAAUGGAUUAAUUCGGGAUAAAUAUUCAUAAACGUUUAUUUAUUCGUAUAUAAUAUGCACGCGGUACUUAUAAGUCUGUCAUCCAUAAUGAGAAACGAUGAGACUAUUAAUGCGGUAGAAAAUAUUUCACUAUAUAUAUUAAGAAUACAACGCAAUGAAAUAUGUCUGGAACGCCAUUGGAAAAUAAUCGCUGUUAUUUCAAUAUAGUGUAAAAUCGUUGAAAUUUUUUAUCUUUUUUUGCAAGUUUUCUCUUCGAUAUUUUUCGCGAUACUAUAAUCUUCUUCUAUCCCUGAGAAAUUCCUUCUGUUGGCGGGAACAUACAGACCGGACGCGGCGGAGUGCACGGCAAAAAUCUACUAGUCACCACUUCGUAUCAAUAUGCAUUAAGGUUGGUGAGUUCCUGUGCCCCCGUGUUAGUAAUGUCGAUUAAUGACUAGAGAAAUACUCGAGCCAGAGUAGUAGUUUCUCAUGAUUUUGUCAAGAUCAAAAAUUUCAAGUUUCGUAUUAUGCCAAUAAUAAUUAUAUACCAAAAAAACUAUUAUAUAAAAAUUAUGUCUUACCUGUUGAUUGACAGAAUUUGAAUUGCAAAUUAUGUUAAUUUUAAAAUUGCAUAUUUUUUACAAAAAAAGAACAAAACACUGACAAUAUCUAGUUUAAUGCUGUGUAUGAUUAUUUUAUUUUAUUUUUGUAAUAUUAAUUCAAAAAACUACAAAGCAAAAUAUAUUUUUUUCACAUUGGACUAGUUCCUUUAAAAGCUAUAAUAUAAAUAAAUUUAUUUGGAAAUUAAAUAUUUUUUCACAAAUUUGUUUUACAAAAUACAAAAUAUAAAGAAUUAUUCUUUUAAUGCAAUAAAAUAGCUUUUUGGUAUUUUUGGACUAAAUGUGUAAAUAAUUUAAUUUUAAGCUCGUUAAAGUUGACACAAUUUGGAAUUUAAAUUCGUUAAGUAUUUUUCGAUUUGUAAUUAUCAUUUUGAAUUGUUUCUAUAUCUAGAAAUUAUUUUCUAUAAUUCAUUUUUCCAGUUAGACUUUGACUCGGGUAUCUCUAGUAAUUCGUCUCUAGAUUUCGUUCACACGAAAAUCUCAUGCGGGUCACAGCAGCCAUGACGCCUGGAAAUAUGGAUCUCACGUGUGUGUAUCACGAUUUCACGCGGAAUCCUAUAGAUCCGACAAAGAGCAUCGCGAAUCAACUAACAGGGUCGUGCGUAGAGCGGAAAAUGGAUGAUCUUGUGUCGCGAAAUGAAAAAAAAAAUU